AUGUAUAAUAAACAUCAUCUCUCUACCAAGAACCUUGAUGGACCAAAAUUAGAUACAACUCAAGUUAGACGUAAAAGUUGUGUAUGUGAUCAAUGUGGAGAGACAGCACUAAAAGAAAAUUAAUUACCUAAUCAAUUAUGUGAAAUAGCCUAUCAUAAGAAAGCAAGAUUAGAAGAUUUAUUUCUAAAUAAAUUGGAUGGAGCAAAGAAAUAUAUAAGAAAUGAUCAUAAAAGAAAGAAUUUCAGAAUCUAUGCAAGAAAUCCUUUAUUCAUUUUACGAUCUAAACCUGAUCUAGAUGAAAGUAUACAUUAAUAAACAUCACCUACAAAAACUAAUUCACCAGAAUAAUAACGUAUUAAAACUGAAUAACCUUAAAUUCUUCAUUCUCGUAGUCAUAAAUAUGUUCCAACUUCAAAUUUCUUUUUACAAAAUAUCAAAUAAUAAGUCAUAAGACAAGAAAAAACCAUUAACAGAUUACUCAAAGAUCGUAAAACUAUAUAAUCUGUAUAAUUCUCACCAAGUGGUAGUAUUCCAAUAAAUAAAUCUCAUCAAAACAAUAAAAAAAUCUAUUUGAAAUAAUUAAAACCAUUACCAAAAUAAUAACAACUUCAAAGCAAAUUUAAAUGUCUCAUUAGAUAAUUCUUUAACUCCUCUAAAGCCAAACAAUACUGA